AUGUUGAUGAACAUAACUCAUACGAGCGCAGAAUCUCCUCCCAAACCCCUCUACGGCACGUUCGUUGGCGUCAAAGAUAACAUUGUUACCACUUCUCUGCCCACAUCAUGCGCUUCCAACAUCCUUCGAGGAUAUGUCGCACCCGAGAAGGCCACCGUGGUCGAGUUGAUGGAAACUGCGGGUCUGGUAGUCGUUGGAAAAACAAACAUGGAUGAGUUCGGCAUGGGAUCACAUUCUCUCAACUCGGCCUUUGGCUCUAUGUCACAACCAUGGAAUUAUCAGUCCGUAGGAGGCAGUUCAGGUGGAAGCGCUCUCGCUGUGGCCUCCGAUAGCUGCAUGAUGGCUAUUGGUACCGACACAGGGGGCUCAGUGCGCCUCCCGGCCGCAUAUCUCAAUCUCUGUGGCUUCAAGCCUUCCUAUGGCAUGAUCUCACGACAUGGCGUCGUCCCUUACGCGAACUCCCUCGAUACCGUCGGCAUACUUGCCAAACGGCCCCUCGACGUGUGGCUACUUUUUGAAGUCUUGAGCCAACCCGACCCGAAAGAUCCAACAUGUCUCACCUCGGCCAGCCGCAAACGCAUUCAAGAAGCCCGCGCCGCCCGCCUCGUAAAUCUCCGGCAGGAUCCUGUCCGCGCUGUCGCACAUGCCGAACCCUUUUCCAGCCGUCUCACGAUUUCAGAGGUCUUUCAUCAAAGAACGCGGUUCGGCGACUACAUCGGGAGCAAGCCCAAAAGUGUUCAAGGCAUCUACCGCGACUGGUCCAAAAAACGGCGCAUUGGCAUCCCGACCGACUACAACAUCAAAGAGCUCCACCCCGUGGUACGUCGUGCCUGGAAGACCGCCAUCGCUAUGCUCCGCACCGAAGGCCACGACAUCGUCCCCAUAUCGCUGCUCACAACAGAGCAUGCCCUCUCAGCCUACUACGUCCUCGCUCCAGCCGAAGCAUCGUCCAACCUCGCCAAGUAUGACGGCAUCCGCUACGGUCCCGUCCGUUCACCUUCGUCUGCUGAGGAAGACGAUGGCACCCUCUACUCAGCGCACCGCGAAGCCCUCUUCGGCGACGAAGUCAAGCGGCGCAUCCUCCUCGGCUCCUUCUCUCUCUCUGCGGGUGCCAUGGACAACUACUUCCUUCAGGCCCAACGCGUGCGGCGCCUCGUCCAAAACGACUUCAACCAGGUCUUUCGCAUGGCACAUCCCCUCCUCGACGACGCGGAUGGCGUCGAGAACGGCGUCGAUUUCAUCCUCUGCCCGACGGCGCCAACACUGCCACCCAAAGUCGAAAAGCUCGAGCGGGCGAGCCCGCUGGAGAGCUACAUGAACGAUGUCUUCACCGUGCCAGCCAGUCUGGCGGGCCUGCCGGCAAUGAGCUUUCCGGCGCCUCCGCCCCCGGGCAAGCGCGUCGCCGACGUCAGUCGUGCAGUGGGCCUGCAAGUCAUCGGGCAGUUCGGAGAUGAUCUGGGCCUCAUACAAUUUGUGAACCGCGCGUUCUGGUCCAGGAGUGAGUGGGGAAUGGCCGGAGACAUGCGACGAGUGUGGGAGGGCCCACAAAUGACGCUUUCUUCAUGA